AUGCCUGUGCAGACCCGACGUACUCCUACCGCUGUUGCUGCUGACAUCGUCGACAACACCACCGUCGCAGGCAGCGACACUGACAUGGCGAAUGCUAGUGGUUCACUGUCCGCGGGUACCGGAAGUGCCACGCUGGGGUAUAAGCCGAAACCACUUACUGUUAUUGUUUUGCUUUAUGUAGUUGCUGCUGGAAAGCGCACUAAACCGCCUCUUUCUCCUGAGGAAGAGAGCAAGUUCAGUGAGGCAGAUAACUUGCUCAAGCUGUCUCUUAUCAGUGUCAUAGAAGAGGGUAUGGUGCCACUGUACAGGGACUUGCCUACGGGCAAGGAUAUGUGGGAUGCACUGCAAGCCAAGUUUGGGGUUCCUUACGCUGGCAGUGAGCUGUACAUCAUGGAGCAGUUCUAUGACUACAAGAUGGUCGAUGACCGAUCUGUGGUGGAACAAGCUCAUGAGAUACAGAUGCUAGCUAAGGAGCUUGAGAACAACAAGUGUGUGCUCCCGGACAAGUUUGUGGCCAGCGGUAUUAUCGCUAAGCUGCCACCUGCUUGGAGGGACUUUGCCACUUCUCUAAAGCACAGGAGGCAAGAGUUCAGUGUGACGGAUCUUGUGGCCUCUCUAAGUGUUGAGGAGAAUGCGAGGGCAAAGGACACAUGUGGCAAGAAAGUGCAGGUCGAGGGAGGCUCUAGCGCCAAUUUGGUGCAGAAGAGGGAACCUCAGGCUUUCCGCAAGAGGAAGCAGAAGAAAAACAAGAAUCCCAAUGCAAAUGAUUGCCUGGACCGCAAGGACAAGCAGCAAAAGAAGACAGCCAACAUUGUUGUCAGCCAGGCUGAAGGAUCUGGGUAUGGAAGGACGAGGUGCCUCCCUACUGAUGGGGAACGGGACGCAUGCGGCUGUUCAUGGUGUUGGUACGGUCAAUCUGAAGUUUACUUCGGGAAAGACCGUGCAGCUGAGGAACGUGCAGCAUGUCCCCUCAAUAAAGAAGAAUCUCGUCAGCGGGUCCCUAUUGUGUAG